AGUGGAUCGCAUCUGCAACUAGGGCUCACGGACUUAGUGACUUCCCGCUGCGGGUUUCACACCUGACACAGCUCACUUACUCGGACAGUUUCUUAUUUAUUUCCUCCUACUCUAACAGCAGAAUCCAAAAGAUUUGCAAAGACACACAAUAAUGACAACCGAGUUCAGUGCAGACUAAAGACUGCAUCACUCUGCCCUGCAUCCGACGGCUGACCUCCCUGGAAAGAUGCAAACAAGACACAGAAUGUAUUGCGUGUUCGUAGCAGUGUUGCUUGGAGCGGUUGGGACCAUGGCCAAUAAGGGAGCAUGUCCAUCAAACCAGUAUACACACAGUGGCGAAUGCUGCAAGCAGUGUCAGCCCGGCGAGGGUGUCGUCCAACCCUGUGGGGCCCAACAGACCGUCUGUGAGCCGUGCCUCGAUAGUGAAACCUUCUCAGAAAGCAUAAGCCACACAGAGGAAUGUCAGCCCUGCACGCAGUGCUCAGGUCUAUUGCGCAUGCAUACUCCCUGCACUGACUCCGCCGACGCCAUUUGCACGUGCAACUAUGGUUUCUACCUGGAUGAAACCUCGCAGAAUUGUCUACCCUGCACUAAGUGUCCUGAAGGUCAGGGAAUGCUGUACAGCUGUGAAGAUGACCGUGACACAAAGUGUGAGAAUUGCACUGGGGACACCUACUCGGACCAGGAAAGCUUUUGGGAGCCUUGUAUUCCUUGCAGUACCUGUGAUGAGGUGGAGGAGUUAGAGUCGUGCACCCCUUUCGGCGAUACGGUUUGCCAAGGUCAGUCCACCACAGGGUCUCUAUUUACUUUCCCCCCCACUACCAGUGAUGACUUAACAUAUGAACCCGUACCAGAGGUCCCCACAGACAGCAGCAGCACCACCACCACCACCACUAGUGGUGAUUCCCAGCAGCAGUUCUACAAGGGUCUGAAUGAUAAACUCAUCCCCAUCUACUGCUCCAUCCUGGCAGCUGUUGUUGUUGGAUUAGUGGCCUUCAUCAUCUUCAAGAGGUGGAACAGCUGCAAGCAGAAUAAGCAAGGAGCCAACAACUGCACCCCCAACCCGAACCAGACCCCGUCACCCGAGGGGGAGAAGCUACACAGUGACAGCGGCAUUUCUGUGGACAGCCAGAGUCUGCAGGAGCAGCAGGGCCAGAAUCAGGCACAAACAGUCGUCAACAUCGAUGAAGAGCCUUGUUUGCUUCUUCCCCUCCACACCAGAGAGAAAGUGGAGAAGCUGCUGUUUAGGGCUGCGGACGGAGAAGACUGCGACCACAUGCACGACAGCGACUGGAGCAGCUUGGCGGCUCUUCUCGGAUACGAGGAGGAGCGGAUCGCGACCUUCCAGCAGGAAGAGCAUCCGGUCUGUGCCCUCCUGUCUGACUGGGCGGGAAAGGACUGUGCCAGCAUCGAAGCUCUGUGCACGGCGCUGCGCAAAAUCAAUCGUGAAGACGUCGCUCAGAGCCUGGUGCUCAGCCCAACUGCCACCAAAACAACAGCCACUUCUGUAGUGUGAUUUUUGUUUAUUUUUAAAGCUCAACAGUGAUUUCACAUGUUAACACCUGAACCUUAAAAUAUUCCUCUGUGGCCUCCUAUUCCUCUAUGCUAUAUUCACUUAUGAAGCUACCAAUCACAGUGAUGAUCCAGUGCUGUGAAUCCAGAAAAAUCAUGUCAAAUUAAGGGAUAAUACAGGGAAUCAGACAAACACUGACAGAUAGAUAUCGCUAUGUGAAACCAAAUCUGCAUUUAUCCACAAAAUAUACAGCAAAUUUGCAAAGAAAGAAGCUUAAAAAACAAAUGUCUGUAAUUACUCCACUGGAUAUCUACCUGCCUGAAGUUAAGGUUUUUCUUUAAAUCUUGACUCUUAUUCUUUCUCCAGUUUGGUCCUCUGCAUCUUUAAUAUUAUCUUCAUCCAGCCAUUGCUACCCUUUCAUAAGUCUGUGUUGUACUUUCCCAUCUCUGCUACCAAAGAUUUUCCUCAGACACUAACUCACAAGUUAUAUUGUUUUAAUGCCAUGUUUAAGUACACUGUUUAAAUUUAAGUUGACAAAUGGCUUGAACCUGUUACUCCUACUGGACGAGGCCUGCAUACCACUGAAUGUCUGGAUCUUUGCAAAUGUGACAACCUGAGGAAGUGAUGUUUGGAUACAUUUCAAUGAACUUGUUCUCUUUCCAAAAAAAAGGAAGGAAAAAAAAACUUUUACCGUCCUUUUAAAUAUUUGUAUUAGAUCUAAGAGAUGGAGCAGUAGCGUUUAUCUCAGUGUCAGCUUCCUCUUAAUCGGCUUCUGAACUCCUUUUUUCCCCCAGCAAGUGCUAACUGCCUGGACUUUGGGGCUGACUGUGGGGCCAGGUCACUGAUGGAGGCAACGUGACUCCAGCCUGUGUGCUCAGACCUGUCUACAUAACAGAAACUCAGAGACAGACUCCAUGCUGACCCAGAAAAGGGAAAGACCUGGAAUUCAAAACACAAGUAACAACCAUGUAUACAAUAUGUAGAUAUGCAGGCAAAUGCACACGCCAGAUAUAGACAUACUUGAAAUAGAUACCCAAAUACAGUAUCUAGGUUUGCAUGCAUGUAGUGUACAUAUACACACACAAACGCAUACACAGUUAGCUCAUGUAUGCAUUUACAGUCUUGUUCAUAGUACAGGACACAGAAAUGAUCAGAUCCUGCCAUAUAUGGUAUGGAACAGUGUGACAAAGGGACCAUAUACUGUUUGUUGUCAUUAAUAGUAGCCAAUAUUAGAUAUCUGUGUGCCUAAUUAUGUUAACAAUUAUAUGAUUUGUAAUUUGCGCUGUAGAUAAUGAAAUACUACAUUAACAGUAAACAGCAUGCACAAAGUAGCAACUCAUUGUCAGCCAGUUAUCCGGUAAAUAAACUGCUGUAAAUGAUUAGGAAGCAAAAGAAAAAUGACAGGAUUUUCAAUUUUUUCUCUUAAUUUCUCAGGGUGUCUCAUUUAACUGUGAUAUUACAUUAUUAUUUGAUUUGUUAUAGCACCCUACAACUAACAAAAACACAAAGGAGACUGUGUUUAUCCAGGGCAAUGAUUCUCGCGACUGACAAUCCUUCAAACAGACUAAUAAGACAGAGAAAGAAAAAAAGAAGAGGGGUGUCUAGUUUCUUCUUUGUUUGGGAACAAUGACCUCCGGAUAAAAGGCAAGUCAGUGGAGACACAAGUUGAAGGAUGUGGGAUGAAUUCAGACAAGGGCAAGUGGAAAAGUUUUGGAUUACUUAAAUGUAAAGGGGAAACCCAGGAAUCGGCAGUUGCAUUAAUUAGACUGUUUAAUUGUAUGCAUUCAUCUCUUCAGUGCAUUAUGCGCUCUCUGCAUUGUGUUUUGUUCUGCCAGCUUGGUUAGGAUUUAUCAAAACAUAUUCAAUUUUGUGUUUAUGUUGAUAUUUAAAGCUUCAACUCUUUGGAUUUUUUUUUUUCAUUGGAGAAUCUUUGAAGGAUUAAUUAGCUUGCUACAUAAAAUCCUCGUCCUCACCAACCUCAGUUGCUACUGAGUACAGAUUGUCACUAAUCGCUAGCAUACUGAGCUUCAUGCUGUAGUGUUACUUUAAAUGAAGGUAUUCUCAUUACUCUGUAAGGGUUAUUGUAUUUAAUUCUCAAAUAACAACUGUACAUGGUAUUAUAUUUCUGUUUUUGUCCUAUAGAUUGUAGCACUUAAAUGUGUAAUCAUGUAUUUACAUUUUGCAUCACAAAUGCCUUUCCAGGCGGCUAAUGUGAUUUUUGCUUUUAGCUAUACUGUAUUUUUUUGUAACUUGUAAAUAUU